AUGAAGGAUGAUACAAAGCAUGAAGAUGCAAUGCGAAGGUUUGGUUAUUUUGGUUGUGAAAUAGAUAUUCAGGUGUGCCUCUCGGACGAGUUCGACAUCCUGCAGAUCGUGGGCGAGGGCUGGUUCGGCAAGAUCCUGCUGGCGGAGCACCGCCACACCGACACCGAGAUGGUGCUGAAGGCGCUGCCCAAGCAGUACACGGCCCUGCGCGACUUCUACCGCGAGUUCCACUACGGCCUGCACCUGGCGGCGCACCGCAACAUCAUCACCACGUACGACGUCGCCUUCGAGACGGCCGGCUUCUACGUGUUCGCGCAGGAGUACGCGCCCCUCGGGGACCUCACCUCCAACGUCUCCGAGACCGGCAUCGGCGAGACGCACAGCAAGCGCGUGGCGCGGCAGCUGGCGUCGGCGCUGGAGCACAUGCACACGCGCGACCUGGUGCACCGCGACGUGAAGCUGGACAACGUGUUAGUGCUGCGCUCCGACUUCUCCCGCGUCAAGCUGUGCGACUUCGGCGAGACGCGGCGCGUGAGCACGCUGGUGCGGCGCCGCAACGAGUGGCUGCCCUACACGCCGCCCGAGGUGCUGCUCACCAACACGGACGAGACCUACAAUACACCUCGUCCCCAUUCUUCUGACCUCAUCAUCUUCCUCAUCCCUCUGUCCUCAUCAUCUUCCUCAUCCCUCUGUCCUCAUCAUCUUCCUCAUCCCCCUGUUUUCCCUUGCCCAUCUACUCGUCAACUUCGCAUCUCUUCUCGUCCCCACCCAACCCUGUCACUCCUCCACUAUUCCCCUGGCCCUUUGUCCCUUGACAGGUCGUUCCACACCCCAUUAUCCCAUCGCAUCUCGGUCCUUCGAUACCACGUCACGUGUUUGGUGCUGGUUUUCUUUUGUGCUCUUCCCCCAUCCGAGGACGGGGAUUGGUUUAGAGACGUCCCACGCCACUUCCCGGAGACUGACAUCCAGACGGCGGGCGCGCGCAAAAAGAGGGCUCCACCCUUGACGUCUCGCGCGCGCAAGCAGUGGCACAGCGCCCUCGCGCCCGCCUUCGAGUUUGAGGCGUCGCCAGUUGGCGCGGACGGGCGCUGUUUCGGUGACGUCAGCGUGAAUACUUUGGUGUUGAGAAUAACCAUCGAAGAUCCUUUGGGAGUCCUUCUCCUUCUCAGAGGGAUGGAUGGUCUCUACAUUAGAGGUGGUGUGUGCUCUCGCAGGGCGGACACGUCGCACGACGUGUGGCAGUUCGCCAUCGUGGUGUUCGUGUGCCUGACGGGGUGCCUGCCGUGGCAGAAGGCGGGGCCCGACGACCCGCGCUACGUGCGCUACAUGCAGUGGCAGGCCAGCAACAACGUCAUCAUGAUGCCCGUGCGCCGCCCCAAGCUCUUCAAGCAGCUGUCGUCGCGCGCCCAGCGCCUCUUCCGCAAGUACCUGGAGCCGCGCCCCGAGAAGCGACCCAAGGGCCUGGCGGACCUGCAGCGCUUCCUGGACGACCGCUGGCUGGGCGGGCGCGUCAGCGCUGAGCGCGGCGGCGCCGAGGACGACGAGCUGUGCCCGUCCAUGUACAGCUACCACAGCAGCGCCGAGGAGAAGGACAAGCUGCUGUUCACCCUGACGCAGUACGGCAUCGAGACGACGGUGGACCGCUCGGCCAAGAAGGACCGCAUCCGCGAGUGGAUCCAGAGCAGCGUGAUCGAGGAGGAGGGCGAGGAGGAGGCGGAGGACGAGGACGUGGAGGAGGAGCGCGAGGAACGCGAGGAGAACGGCACCUUCAGCCCGCGCCUGCCGCCGCGCGCGCAGCCCCUGUCGCGCCACGCCUCGGGCAACGACCCGGACCCCGACGGCCGACCCCUGCCACGCCGCCGCCGCCGCCAAAAACUCUUCCCAUUUCUCACGCUGUCCAUCCUUGUUAUGAAAAGAUCCUAUCGAAGUAUCCUAUUGAAGGUUCUUGAAUCUGAAUCCCGUAAUUUCUCCAGAGGAUGUCUUCGCAAAGACCCUGGAAUACUUGCCUUCAGUCUGCAGCUCGAAGUGGAAAGCCUUAACUAUGCUACCAGGAUGACGCAGAUGAUUGCGAAGGAAUGGGACCAAUUGGAUUUAUUCUCUUGUGUUUGUGUGUUCCUGUACUUCCGGUACAAUUUUGUACCACAACAGGAUCGUGGACAGUGUGUCAAGGGGAAUUAACAGCAUUUCCUGAGGACAUACCUACCUCAGUGACUAAUUUGAAUGUCUCGAAUAAUCGCCUCUCUUCUCUGGAACAAAAUACAUUGAUCAAGUUCGUCAAUAUCAAGAAACUCAAUAUAAGCAGAAAUUUAAUUACGAAUAUUCAUAAUAAGGCAUUUUUCCGGCUUACUGACUUAGAAUUAUUGGACCUUUCGUUCAACAAUCUUAUCGAAAUUAGUGACAAAAUUAUUUUCAACAAUGUCAAAUUAAAAUGGUUCUCCAUUGCCCAUAAUAAGAAUUUAAAGAACAUUCCUCAUUUACAAAGUAAAUCUUUACAAAGGUUCAAUGUCUCUUCUUGUGGAAUACAAGAAAUGAAUGAAACAACAUUUCAAGAGGUGGAAUCAAUAGAAAUUUUAGACCUUUCUUUUAAUGAAAUAAAAGAAAUCCGGGAUCAUACCUUUGAUGCACUUACUAUGCUCUGUGAGUUAGAUGUUAGUAAUAAUGAAUUACAGAGUGCACAAUUCAUUAACAGUGAUUGCUCGCUCUCUCUUACUUAUUUAGACAUUUCUUCAAAUAAUAUAAGUGUUUUGGACUGGAUAACUUUUCAGACAUUACUCUCCUUGAAGAAAAUUCACUUUCACAAUAAUCCUUGGAGAUGUGAUGAACGUAUGAAAUAUGUGUAUGAAAACAUGUUAAAUAAUGAGACUACUCUGAAUCUACAAUGUGUUUCUGCAUCAGACAAUAAGAAAAUCUCAUGGCAUGAAUGGUAUUACUCAGUUAACAAAGUAAGUUCUUGUCCUGUUAAUUUUGUGACAGAUAGUCCCACAACGUGUUCAACAAGUAUAAUUAAUAAGUGCCCUAAAGUCUCCUGUAGUUGUGAUUCAAGUUGGGUUGUUUUUUAUGUUAUUGCAGCCAUUAUUUGUGUGCUGAAUGUAGUAUUUAUGAUAAUACUAAUUUUUAGAAAAAACACAUCUUCCUGAAAUAAUUCCCAAAGUUAAUGAAUGAAACUGAACAUUUGUCUAUUUGAUAUUGAAAUAAAUGUUAAUUCUACAAUUGUUCAAGAAAGACGAUGACACAGAAGUGCUUAUAAAACCUUUUGUAGACAGUCUGCUUUCUGUCAUACAUUAAUUAGCAAGAUAACGAAUUUCCAUCUUUGAAAGGACUUAAUGAAAUGGACCAGUUGAAAGUAUUUAUAAAACAAAUCUCAAAUGCUGCAUUUCAAAUAAUUGGAGCCCCCUGCUAUAACAUUCAUUCUACCAUGGCUAUAAUAGGAACCAUCGAACAGUAAUCUUGAGUUAAUGAUGAAUCAAAACAAUUGACAUGCUCAAAUUGGCCCAUUAUUGAGUUUUCGUCAGGAGUUUUCCUACUUCUACCAAUUUUCCAGAUCUAACUAUUACCGUUAUAUACAUUAUAGCCCUUCAUGAUAAUUUUACAAACACAACUAGUGAAUAUUGUAAAAUCUCCAUGAGUGAUUAUACUGAAAUGAUUAUAUUCUGUGAGUUUGUUAUUGGUAAUAGAUCUGAAAAAAUUGCUUUUGAGAUGAUCAUGGCUCUUUGAAGCCCCAUUUUUCCAUCUCAAGUUCUCCUCCAUUCUUGAAAGAAUGAAUUUCAUCUGUUACAAUUAGGUCAGAUGCUGUAUUAGGUCAUCUCAAAAUAAAAAUUUUACAUGAAAGAAAAUAGUAAUGAAAUAAUUUAUGAUUGAAUGAGUCAAAGUUUUAAGUUAUUUUUUAAAAAAAUUAACUAAGGUCAAUAUCACAUCUCCAAUACACUGGAUUUUCUUUGCAAUUUACAUGUUAGUUAUAUAAAUUGCAUGUAACUCACCAGCAACAACUAUUGAAAUAUUUCAUAUAAUAUAUUAAUUCUGAUAAAUGUGUGUAUAUUCAAAAUAUUUAUUGAUUUACUAUGUAUUAUUUAACUUGCAUCGAGCAUUACAGAAUUAUAUAUAUUAUAUAGUUGUUUUGAGUUCAAAUUGCUGAUCUGUUUAAAUAGAGAAUACAGUUUCAAGUAGAGAUCCUUAAACCGCUAAAUAUCAAUAGUUAGUUGUAAUUUUUCGUUUCCACAAAUAUCAGUGCCCAUAAAAAUACAUCAGUAUCAUUUGAACAUAUUAAAUUUGUGUUUUUAUUUACUUCCAAAAUUUUGAGAUGGCAAAUCCCAUGUGACUGGAGAGAGAAUGAGGAAGGGUUCAAGUCCUAAACAGAUUGACAUGGAAGAAUCUAAUUUACACCAUUAUUAUAUUUUAAUCAUCAAUAAAAUGUAUGA